AUUGACACAUCGACUAUACAGAUGACAUCAAAAUAAAACAGCACAUCAAAAUAAAACAGUGGAAGCAAAUUAAUUAUUAUUAUUUUUGGCAAGAUUAAGAUACUACACUUUCCGCUCUCGCUAAGAAUAGAGAUAUUUUUGUACCAUAUUAUAUUUGAACUCAAAAAGUAUACGGCUUGCGACACAUCAUCGUAUUUAGUUAUUUUUUAAUACUCCCUACACUUUCCGGGUAAUGGAAAUGGAUGAAUCCGAACUACUCUUCAAUUUAUUCUAUCUAUUGCUAUGUAUGUGCGUCAUUUAUCCUCCCGACGAGUUUGGACGUUUAGGUCUCACCAUAGAGCAGUUAUUUUCUCGCUGGCUAGGCGAAGAACAUUUAAAUUUUGUGCGCUACCAUCAGAAACGCACCUCGCUUAAUCUCUUCAUCCAUAGCUGUCUGCCAGCCACAUACUUUCUCAUACACCGUUUUAAGUUUUCGGUGUUCACCGAAUACGAUGAUCUCGAGGAGGAAUCCGAUUUGGAUCCUGAUUUUCCCAUGCCCCAAGAAGCGGUGGCCUUUAAGACACUCACCUGGAAAGUGGCCCAAAGAUUUAGUCUAAUGGCAGUUCUAGCAGUGCCGGCCCUAAUAUGUAAUUGGUAUCAGCAAAACUGGAAGAGGCAUCCUAUAACGCUUACCCUACAAAAGUUUUCAAAUGUGCCACACAGCACAGCCCAAGUGGAGUCAGAUAUUGGCAAUGAAUUCCGCAGGCCGGAUAUUUAUAAAAAGAAAUUGAACUCUAUAUCAACGGUAAUAGCCACGGAAAAUUGGAUUAUAAAAACGUCCUUGUACAAUGUCAACUUUGCCCAUCAGAGUGAUACAGCCUUAAGUGUAGCUAAGACCGAAACCUACAAUGUGUCACAGGAUACAAAUGACACCCUUCAGAUGGUUAGCAUCAUGGUGAAGACUAACCGCGCUGGUGUUGCUGAUUUUCACAUACGAAUUAAUGCCCUGGAAUUUCGCAAUCUAGAAGAACGCAUAACACGUCCAAUUGUUAUACCUUCCAAUAUACAAUUCCAUCGAAACGUCAUCGAUCGUUUCAUUGAUGUCUUCAAAGAGCAGGUUACCCUAAAUCCCAUCUACAAGGCUGAUCGUAUAACGGAUAAAUGUUUUGCCUGUAUGGUGGCUGAACCAAAUAUAAAAAUUCACAAACAAUGUGCGGAUGUCGAUCGGAAUGGCCAACCCUUGAGUACGGAUAAUUGCUGUACCAACUGUUACUGUCGUCCCAUGUGGUGUGUGGAAUGUUUGGCUCGCUGGUUUGCGGCCCGACAAAAUGAUCACGAACGUGAAGUGUGGUUGGAACAAAAAUGUACAUGUCCCAUGUGUAGAGCGAAAUUUUGUCUCCUCGAUGUUAGUUAUAUAGAAAAACCUGCAGUGGCUCCACCAGCAACUGGCGGAGAACCAGCGUCCAGUGGCAACGACAAUGACAACAACUCGUGAUAAUGGGAUCAAUCGAAAUCGAUGUAUGCAUUUGAGAAAAAGGGAAAAGAAUUGUGUUCAAAACAUAUUUUUUCUUUUCACUUCCUAUUGUGGUAAAUUUAAAUGUCAAUUUCCUAUAUUUUUAUGUUCAAGUACAUCUUAAGAAUUAAUAAUCUACGUAGUUCAUACAAUGAAUCGCUACUGCUGACUGCUUUUAUUCUCUUAAUGGCGAACGUGUCCAUGUUUCCUUUUAGUUUUGUUUUUUGCUUGAUUUUUGGAAAUUAUUUUAUUUUCCUUAUACCUAAUUUUGUAAUUGGCAUAUGUGUUGUAUACAUAUGUAGAUGGCGCUCCUUUCAGGCAUUUAUCUCAUAGACGCAUAUUCAAAACAAAAAUGAAACCAAACUGUGAAUGUUUGUAAUUUAUUUUUAAAGUGUAUGUAUUUUUAUAAAAGCAAUUAUUUUUAAUUAAGAACAAAAUACUACUACGAUUCAAAUACAUAUAAUACAAUUUCCAUAA